ACCCUGAAUAUUCAACCAUGAUGCUGGGGCUUUGGACUGUCACUCUUCUCCUGCUGGGCACAGUCAUAGGAAAGGAAAUCUGCUAUGGUGAUCUUGGAUGCUUUCCAGAUGAUGACCCUUGGGGUGGAAUAUUAAUAAGGCCUCUUAAGGUUUUACCCUGGAGUCCAGAAACAAUCAACACCCGCUUUCUGCUCUACACAAAUGAAAAUCCAAACUCCUUCCAAAUACUCCGAACAUCAGAACCAUCCACCAUUGAGUAUUCCAAUUUCAAAACAGACAGGAAGACUCGUUUCAUUAUCCAUGGCUACAUAGACAAUGGAGAAGACAGUUGGCUGUCAGAGAUGUGCAAGAAUAUGUUUCAAGUGGAGCAGGUGAACUGCAUCUGUGUAGACUGGAAAGGAGGCUCACAAACUACUUAUAGCCAGGCUGCAAACAACAUCCGUGUGGUGGGGGCUGAAGUCGCUAAAAUGAUUAAAGUUCUUUCGACUGACUAUCAAUAUCCACCUUCUGAAAUUCACAUCAUUGGCCACAGUUUGGGAGCUCAUGCAGCUGGAGAGGCUGGGCAAAGGACACCUGGUCUGAGCCGAAUUACAGGGCUGGAUCCUGCAGAGUCUUCUUUUGAAGGUGCCCCAGAGGAAGUUCGAUUGGAUCCCAGUGAUGCUCUGUUUGUUGAUGUGAUUCACACUGAUGCGGCUCCUUUGAUCCCUAAUUUGGGUUUUGGAACAACUCAACCAGUUGGUCAUCUCGAUUUCUUUCCAAAUGGAGGAGAGGAAAUGCCUGGGUGUAAGAAGAACAUCCUCUCACAGAUUGUAGACAUAGAUGGCAUCUGGUCUGGAACUCGGGACUUUGUGGCUUGUAAUCACUUGAGGAGCUACAAAUACUACUCUGAUAGCAUCCUGAACCCUGAUGGUUUUACUGCAUUCCCCUGUGCUUCCUAUAAGGCUUUUACAGCUGGAUCAUGCUUCCCCUGUCCAGAUACAGGCUGUCCACAAAUGGGUCACUAUGCUGAUAAAUAUGCUGGGAAAACGAGUCAAGAAGAACAAAAAUUCUUUCUGAACACUGGAGAUGCAAGUGACUUUGCUCGAUGGAGAUACAAGGUAUCUGUCACUCUAUCUGGAAGAACAGUGAUUGGCCAGGUAAAAGUUGCUUUGUAUGGAAGUAAUGGAAACACCAGACAAUAUGACAUCUUUAAGGGACUGCUCAAAAAAGAGUCUAUUCACUCCAGUGAGAUCGAUGUAGAAGUCAAUGUUGGAACACUGGAAAAAGUUAAAUUUCUGUGGAGUAACAAUUUUAUCAACCCAAUCUUCCCCAAAGUGGGAGCCUCAAAGAUCACUGUGCAAACAGACGAUGGCAAAGAGUAUAAGUUCUGCAGUGAAGAGACUGUGAAAGAAGAUACUUACCUCACUCUUACUCCCUGUUAA